GCCAUCAGCCUGAAAACAAGUAAAGCAGCAGUGGGAAGGGGAAACUCGAUGGACGAGACGAUUGACUUGUCGAGUGUGAUUCCGUGUUUGUUUUCGUCCGAGCCCUGCAACUCUUGAGCAUUUUCCUCCGGCCGAGCGGGACGUGUCCGGGACGGCAGGAUGAUGAACGACCAGUUCCGCAAAGUGGAGCCGUACUCGCCCAAGUCGUCGCCGCGGGGCUCGCGGUCACCCGUGGUGUCGCGCCAGGACUCGACGGGAACCCUCAAAACCACCAUUUCCCUUGGCAAGAACCCUUCCAUCGUCCACAGUGGUCCCUUCUACCUGAUGAAGGAGCCCCCGGGAGAAAGUGACAUUACGGGGGCGACCAACUUGAUGGCCCAUUACGGACUGGAACAUUCGUACAGCAAAUUCAGCGGCAAGAAGCUCAAGGAAUCUCUUUCGUCAUUCCUGCCUGGCCUUCCUGGGAUGAUUGACACCCCUGGCAGUGCAGACAACAGUUCGCUCAGGUCGUUAAUAGAAAAGCCUCCGAUUGGCGGCAAGGAACUUCUUCCUCUCACAAGUGUGCAACUUGCUGGAUUCAGGCUGCAUCCUGGACCGUUGCCAGAGCAGUAUCGGUCUAUGUACCAGGCUCCAGCAAAGAAGCACAAGUCAAAACACAAGAAGCACAAGCACAAGGCAGGGGAUACGCCAAGCCAAGAGCCGAGUCUGACCGAGACAGCGCAGGAGACCCACGAGAAGAAGCACAAGAAGCAGAAGCGCCACGACGAGGACAAGGAGCGCAAGAAGCGGAAAAAGGAAAAGAAACGCAAGAAGCAAAAGCACAGCCCCGAGCAUCCCUCCUCCGCCCCCCAGACCCAGAUGCACUCCUCUGUCUGAGUCAAAGACUAUCAAUUAAGUUUAAAUCUGUGAAAUUGCAAAUGGACAGGAAAAACAAAUUUUGUGUGUGCAAAUUGUUGUUUUAGCCUUAUAAUAUUUAUUACUGAUAUUAUAUUAAAUUCUAAUUGAACACAA